CAAACCAACCAGCUCAACUAAGCUGACCCGACCGGUAUCAUCGGAGUCAGCCUCUGAUCGUUUCGACCUUCCGAUGAUUCACGGCUCUUAUCCGACUUCAAACAAUCUUGCAUGUCCGAUGUCAGUGCGUUUUUAUAUAUAAGAGAUACGGCCCCUGUCCGCUUUACCCCGGUAUGUCUUGAUUACGACAACACAUCUAUUUGGCAUGAUAUUCGGUUGAAUCCAAGUUCUGCAAUUUCGUUAUUACUUUCUAAAUGGAUCCCAACGUCGCUCAGGGGUCAGGCCCCAAGCUUAAAAUAAAGAUUGCCAUUGAUAGGGGUGGUACUUUCACCGACUGUCUCGGUAUCAUCGAAGGACGAGAAGAGGACAUUCUUGUUAAAAUUCUGUCUCAGGAUCCUUCGAACUAUGAAGAUGCGCCUAUUGAAGGAAUCAGACGUAUUCUCGAGAAGGCGACUGGAAAAUCUUUCCCUCGCAAUGUACCAAUUGACACUUCUCUAUUCGAGGAUCUUAGUAUCCGUAUGGGUACGACCGUCGCAACAAAUGCAUUGCUGGAACGCAAAGGCGAGAAGGUCGCUCUUCUAAUUACCGAGGGGUUCUUGGAUAGUUUAGAAAUUGGUCUACAGUCGCGACCGAAAUUGUUUGAUCUGCAUAUUGUUCGGCCGGAUGUCCUGUACAAAAAAGUCGUUGAGGUAGCUGAAAGGGUUACUAUAGAAGGCUACCAACAAAAUCCCUUCUACGAAGAAGAGUCUUUAGCUAUCGCUAAAGCGGCCGAGGCCGAUUCAAGCCUGGUUCAAGGUAUUAACGGUCAAUAUAUACGAAUUCUGAAGCCUUUGGAUAAGGAACGGGUUAGAGCAGAUCUGGAAGGCCUCUACAAUGAGGGAUUCCGCAGCAUAUGUGUCUGCCUCGCCCAUUCAUACACGUUUCAAGAUCAUGAACGAGCGGUUCGAGAAAUAGCAUCGGAGGUCGGGUUUACUCAAGUAACACUGUCCUGUCUCACCCUGCCGAUGAUCAAAAUGAUUUCGAGAGGCAUGUCGGCAACCGCGGACGCUUACCUCACACCCGUUAUCCAACAAUACAUCUCCGGAUUUCAAUCCGGUUUCACAGAUAGGCUCCAGUCGGCCAAUACACGUUGCGCUUUCAUGCAAAGUGAUGGAGGGUUAGUCGACGUGAGAAAGUUUAGCGGUCUUCGCGCCAUUUUGUCCGGCCCUGCUGGAGGUGUCGUUGGCCAUGCUGGCACUAGUUACGACCCCGAGGAUAAAAUCCCCAUCAUUGGAUUUGAUAUGGGUGGUACAAGCACCGAUGUCUCUCGCUUCGAUGGUAUCUUCGAGCACACUUUCGAAAACAUCACGGCCGGCAUAACCAUAAUGGCCCCGCAAUUGGACAUCAACACAGUUGCGGCUGGUGGUGGUAGUAUUCUACAUUGGAGACAUGGCCUUUUUGCCGUAGGCCCCGAUUCCGCCGGUGCGCAUCCCGGUCCAGCAUGUUAUCGCAAGGGAGGUCCGCUAGCUAUUAGCGAUGCGAAUGCCCUUACCGGUCGCCUCCUGCCGGAUUACUUCCCCAAGAUCUUUGGAAAAAGCGAAAGCGAGCCUUUGGAUGUUGAAAUUACCCGAGUCAAAUUCGCUGAGCUUGCUGCUCAAAUCAAUUCGGAAACGGGCCAAAACAAGACCCCGGAGGAGGUCGCGAUGGGAUUCAUCGAAGUCGCCAAUGAGACGAUGGCGAAGCCAAUUCGCGCGUUAACUGAAGCCCGUGGAUUUGACACGUCAGCUCAUCACCUCGCCUGCUUCGGUGGCGCUGGAGGACAGCAUGCUUGCGCCAUUGCGGCAUCAUUAUCGAUCACCAGAGUCAUAAUCCAUCGCUACUCCUCCAUUCUAUCAGCAUACGGUAUGGCGCUUGCUGAGCUUGUUCAUGAAGCCCAGAAGCCAUGCUCCGGAGUUUUUACCACUGCCGAAUCUGUCUUACCAACAAUCGGAGAGUUGAAAGCCGAAGUGACGAAAGAGCUAGAGCUCGACGGUAUUUCGAAGGACCGCAUAAAUUACGAGGUCUACCUCAACCUGAGAUACCAAGGAACCGACAAUAACCUCAUGAUCUUAGAGCCGGCAGAUGGUGACUAUCUUGCAGAAUUCACCCGCCAACACCAGCGGGAGUAUUCUUUCACAUUUCCAGAUAAGAAUGUCUUACUAGAGGACAUCCGCGUCCGUGGAAUUGGACAAUCUAUGGACAGUUCAAAUGAAUCCCCGAACCGGGAGCUUGCUUCCGUGGAAAAAUUCAACAUGGCCAAGGCUGGCGAGGAUGGCAGGUCCUCUGUCUACUUCGCUGGGUUCGGAUGGACGGAUACGCCAAUCUACCUACUCCAGAACCUGAAGCCUGGUUGUGUCAUACAAGGUCCUGCUACCAUUAUCGACAACACCCAGACUAUAAUCGUGGAACCCCUAGUUAAGGCAACGAUUCUGAGUCGCCACGUUAUCCUCGAUCUCCCUUCUAAGAGGACACAGACAUUAAGUGCGACCGUGAUCGACCCGAUUCGACUUUCGAUAUUCGGACACAGGUUUAUGUCGAUCGCCGAACAAAUGGGAAGAACUUUCCAAAAGACAUCAGUGUCCACCAAUAUUAAGGAACGCCUCGACUUCUCUUGUGCGCUCUUCUCCCCUGAUGGCCGUCUUGUCGCCAACGCGCCUCACGUUCCCGUCCAUUUAGGCUCGAUGGAAUACGCCGUCAGAUUUCAGAACGAGAGAUACCGCGAUACCCUGAAGCCCGGGGAUAUUCUCUGUAGCAAUCAUCCAAUCGCUGGAGGUGUGCAUCUUCCGGAUAUAACAAUUAUGACUCCAAUAUGGGAUUCCGAAGGGAAAGACAUAAUCUUCUGGGUUGCAAGCCGAGGUCACCAUCCUGACGUCGGCGGAAUAAGUCCCGGAUCUAUGCCCUCGAACAGUAAGUUCUUGUACGAAGAGGGGGCUGCCACUGUGAGUUACAAGAUCGUCAGUGGUGGUAUCUUUAACGAGAAAGAGACGCGCCGAUUCUUAUACGACGAGCCCGCUCAAUACGCCGGAUGUAGUGGAUCUCGCAACUACAAGGAUAACCUCUCAGAUAUGCGCGCCGCAAUAGCCGCGAACAGAAAGGGCGCCAACUUGAUCGAAGCGCUCGUAAACGAGUUCACAUUACCCGUAGUCCACGGGUACAUGAACGCAAUAGCAGAGAACGCCGAAACCGCAGUCCGAGCUUUCCUGCGCUCAACAGCGGCAAAGCUGAACGGCAAACACCUUUCCUUCCAGGAUUAUAUGGACGAUGGUUCCAUGAUAUCGCUGAAUAUUCGUAUCGAUGGGGAGACAGGAAGCGCAGUAUUCGACUUCACGGGUACAUCGGAAGAAACGCUUAACUGCCUCAACGCCCCGAAGGCAAUUACGCACUCAUCCGUUAUCUAUUCGCUCCGAUGCCUCAUUAACCAAGAUAUACCACUGAACCAGGGCUGUAUAGCACCGAUCAACAUCAUCCUACCCGAAGGCACGAUUCUUAAUCCCUCACCCUGGGCUGCCGUCUGCGCUGGGAAUAGUAUUACAUCCCAAAGAGUCACUGACGCAAUUCUUGGUGCGUUCCACGCCGUAUCCGCAUCCCAAGGAUGUGUAAAUGUAUUCGGAUUCGGUAUGGGUGGGACGGAUGAUACGGGGCAUGAGGUACCCGGCUUCGGUUACAUCGAGACGAUCGCUGGCGGUUCGGGUGCCGGUCCGGGUUGGCAUGGCGCUUCGGGAGUUCACACAAAUAUGUCGAAUACGCGAUGUGCGGACCCUGAGGUAUAUGAAUUACGAUACCCUGUCAUCCUUCGUAGGUGGACUCUUCGGAAAGGAUCCGGUGGAGCGGGUAAAUACCAUGGAGGGGAUGGUUGCAUUCGUGACGUCGAGUUUCGAAUCCCACUCUCAGUCUCUGUUCUUAGCGAACGACGUGUUAUGCGACCGUACGGUUUGGAAGGAGGCGAGGCUGGGGCAGCGGGGAAGAAUCUGUAUAUCAAAAAGGAAGAGGGCGGUAUAGAGCGAAUGAUUAAUAUCGGAGGUAAGAUGGAAUUAAGCGUGGUUCCCGGCGAGAGAGUUAUUAUUCACACUCCCGGUGGCGGCGGAUGGGGAGCGAUGGAGCUGAAUGGGACAAAUGGACUCGUGUCCAAUGGAAUCCUGGCGAACGGGAAACCUUUGAAUCAAUUUGAACCACGAGGAAGUGUUCAUAAUUGGACACUAGCUGCUGAGGGCAUAUAAAGAUGUAAACCAAAUCAAAUCAAGUGAAGAAAGAUAUAGGAUAAUUUAAUUGACCUACCUAGGGUGCUUUGCGUUGUGUAAAAAAUAAGGCUACGCGCUAAAACACUGUAACUAUAGCGGUUGAAACCUGUGAAUCGGGGGAGGGAGAGUCGUCUAGUGG